GUUGGUUUUGAUUUGCAAAUCACAUGAUACUCACUUGCCUCGUUCAAAUGCAGAAAUGAAGAGAAAAAGAGAGAGAAAAAAGCAAUUCCCCUCAGAGAAGGAUAGCACCAACAACCAUUAAGAGAAAUCCAGAACUUCCCUUUUCUCUCAUGACACCCUUUAUUUUCUUUUUUUCUCUUUUCAUUUAAUUUCCCAUUCUUCACAAAAAGAGAAACCUCUUCUUUCUGCCCACACCCUUUUGAGUUUCCCACAUGGAUGUUUCACAGAGAAAGAGAACUUUGCUUAAGGUCAUUGUUCUUGGUGAUAGUGGGGUGGGAAAGACUUCUUUGAUGAAUCAAUACGUUUAUAGAAAAUUCAGCCUGCAGUAUAAAGCCACAAUUGGUGCUGAUUUUGUCACAAAGGAGAUACAAGUUGAUGACAAACUGGUAACAUUGCAGAUUUGGGAUACGGCAGGGCAAGAAAGGUUCCAUAGUCUUGGGGCUGCAUUUUAUAGAGGGGCAGAUUGCUGUGUGCUGGUGUAUGAUGUAAAUAUACACAAGACAUUUGAUACACUAAACAAUUGGCAUGACGAGUUUCUUAAGCAGGGUGAUAUGAAUGAUCCUGAAGCAUUUCCCUUUGUAAUACUUGGGAACAAGGUUGAUGUAGACGGUGGAAACAGUAGAAGGGUGACUGAAAAAAAAGCUAGAGACUGGUGUGCUUCCAGGGGAAACAUACCAUACUUUGAGACCUCUGCAAAAGAAGGCUACAAUGUUGAGGAGGCUUUUUUAUGCGUUGCCAAAAUUGCACUAGAAAAUGAACACGAACAAGACAUCUAUUUUCGAGGAAUCUCUGAUGCAGUGUCAGAAGCAGAACAACGAACUGGUUGUGCAUGCUGAAGUCAUGUAUUUUACUCAACAUAUUUGGUUUCGCACUUUGGCACAAUAUCAUUCAAUUUAUUAAGCUGUAUUUAUCUUUAAAUUCCAAAAUUAGCCUCUCAGUAUGCGUGGAACCCCCUUUGGCGCAAUAUCAUUCAAGUUUUAAUUUUCACUAU